AUGGCGCCCUCAUUUGCAGCAGUAGCAGCAACACGACUGGGCGUGGGCCUCAUCUACGGCAUCGCGAACGUCAUCCUCCUCAUCCGCCUGUUCAUCUGGGACCUCGCAUUGACUUUGUACAACGCGUUUGCACCGCUCCUGCCUGAAAACCGGGUGGUACCAGAAGGCCGGCCGGGCGCAGGCGGCCUCUGGCCACAGUUCAUCCCUCCAAAAGACACGGACAGUCGGAGCUGCUGCCCGAUGCUGAACGCCAUGGCGAACCACGGCAUCCUCCCUCGGGAUGGGCGCAACAUCACCUUCCGCGACCUCAACACCAAAUGCCGGGAGACGUUCAACUUCUCGCCGACCUUCUGCUUCUUCGUCCCGCACUACGCUGCGGACAUGCUGGACCGCAACUACUGGACGGACAAGAUGGACCUGAGCGACCUCAGCGCGCACAACUGCAUCGAGCACGACGCGUCCCUGUGCAGAGAGGACACCUUCCUCAACCCCGACCAGUCAAAACCCGCGCCGCACCUCAUCAAGGAGUUCCUUGAGAGCGGGACGGGCCCGGGCGGCGACAUCACCACGAGCGACCUCUCGCGCAUGCUCGGCAAGCGGCGCGCCCAGUCCAAGGCUAGCAAUGGCCAGUACAGCCAGGCGAUGAUCCACAAGAUCUUCGGUGCCUCCAACGGCUCGACGUUGCUGACGAUCUGCGGCGGGCGGGUGAAGGACCUGUAUCCCUUCCUCCUCGAGGAGCGCAUUCCGGACGGGUGGCAGCCACGCAUCCGGAACCCCGGUGGCCUCACAUUGGCGAUAUUCCAGAACACGGUGCUCAAGGUCGAGCUCGGCAUCAAGGAGGAGGUCGAGGACACCCUCCGGCUCUUGCAUAUGGGCAGCAUCCAGGAAGACGCCAAAACAAAGUGA